AUGUCGAGAAGACGCCUCCGCGUAGUCUGCUCUUCCGACGAAGAAGAAGAGCCGCCGCCGCAAGAGCAGCCUCUGGAAUAUCCGGUCGAUGACUUCAUUGACGACAUAGAAGUGGAGCUCCAAACUGUAACCCUUAAUUCAUCAAAUCCUUCCCCAAACAGUAAUAUGUCCACCACGAAUAGUCAUUAUCCCCCCUCUGAACCCAUACCUCUUGAUGUCUCCGACGACGAACCAAAUACUACUAAUUAUGUUAAUAAUAAUAGUAAUUUCAAUUCGAAUAUUAGUAACAGUAGUAGUAAUAAUUAUUUUGCGGUUUCGGAUUCUCCAGUAAAUGGAGUUUUACAAGGGCUAGGGUUGAGAUUGAAAGGGGAGUGGUUGGAUUCUUGUUUGGGAGCUCUCGGGACAUCGGUUCCGGGGUUUUUGCGGUUUGAUGAUUCAGUAAAGGCGAAGCUUUGUUUUGAGCAGUUCUUGUAUUCGGAUAUGAAUUAUUGUGGAGCCGGGGUACUUCCACCGCUACACGUGUGGAACGUAAACCAACAUCUCAAGGGACCUUUUGUCUUGCAGGUGGAUGAGAUAGUGAAUAUCAGCAGCCAUCUUCGUGGAAGGUACCAGAAUGCUGCGCCUGGAAUGAAGAGGUGUCUCAAAUUGUCCAUUACUGAUGGUGUCCAGCGUGUGUUUGGCAUGGAAUAUAGGCCCAUUAAAGAUCUUGAAGUUCUGACCCCAGCUGGACUGAAGGUAGCUAUUUGUAAUGUUAAUGUAAGGCAUGGGUUAUUAAUGUUAGUCCCUGAAGUUCUCAACAUUCUGGGAGGCAUGGUUGAGGAGUUGGAUGCAGCGCGACAGAGGCUUGUGAAUGAAGUCAAUAAGCCACCAAGGGGAAAAAGAACCAGGGCUGGGGUGGUUCCUCCUUUAGCAACUAGAGCAACUUCUGCGGCAUGGCCACCACCAAGUGUCAAUAUUCUAGGGCCCAUCAAUGGACCUGCAAUGGAAAGCACAACACCUUUACAGGCAAACAGGCAAGGAUUUACCUCUGGCAUUUCUGCCAACGACAAUCAAAGACAAGAUUCUGCAGUUUCAGCAAGUAGGAACAAUACUGAGACUAGCUCAUCAUCUGCAGGAACUGCAUUUAGCACCCCUGCAAUUGGCAGGUCAACACAAAACUUUGCAGUUCCAGUGAGUAGGAACAGCGCUGAGUCUGGCAUUUCUGCCACUGACAAUCAAAGACUAGACUCUGCAGUUUCAGCAAGUAGGAAUAAUGCUAAGACUAGCUCACCAUCUGCGGGAACUGCAUUUGGCACCGCUGCAAGUGGCAGGGCGACACAAAGCUUUGCAGUUCCAGUGAGUAGGAACAGUGCUGAGCCUCAUAUACAGUCUGCAGUGCAGCCACCAGACCGUGUCUCUGUUCCUGCGCAUAUUGAUAGUCCUGCUAUGGAAAACAUUACUCCUUUGGAGUCACUGAAGCAUGAAGUUGUACCAAGCAUCCCUGCCAAUGAUAUUACUAGAAAAGACUUCACCAUUCCACUCGCUAGGGAUGAUGCUGAUAACACAUCAUCUUCUGUAGCUAUGGAUUUCGAGGAAAUUUCUGUGGUGAACGAGUUCAAUCACCCAUUCAUACUUUCCGGGGAUAAAGAAACUCCUUUCACUUACAUGGCUAGUUUAUCUGCUAAGUGGGUGGCGAUGGAGGUCAAAGCUUCCCCUGUUCGAGGAAAAAUAAAGUGCAUUGUGGCUGGUGUAAAGGCAUUUCAAUACAAAGAAAGGGCUACAUAUGAGCUCCGGGUUUACAUUGAUGAUGGCAGUCUUAUCUCUGAAAUCCUUAUCGAUCAUAAUGUUGUACAGAAUGCGAUUGGUCAUUCUCCUGAAGAUGUCAAAAGUGCUCUUACUUCAGAAGACACCAAGCGUGUCAGUGAUAUAAAAAAAACAUUUAAACAGUUUGAGAAAUUUCUGGUAAAUUUUGAGGGAACGAUGCUUGUAGAGAUCAAUGAUGCCUCUCCUGUUCCAGUUGCCAUUGAAAUGAACGAGGGCUGUCCAGAAUCCGAUGCUUGGUUGCUUCUCAAGAGACUAAAAUCCUCCAGUUCUGCUCAAUCACGAGAAAAUUCCUCUUUGGAUCUUAUCAUCUUAUCCCCUUGA